AUGGCGUCCGGUGUGUCGUCUGCCACAACAAACCUAUUAAUUAAAGACAAUACGGUAAAGGUUAUACUUUCUGACAAUGUAAAACUGCUUGCUGCUGACGUUAUAAAAUUAGUUGAAGAUAAACUUGGUGACGAUAGCGUUCUUGCUAUUGUUCCUUGUAAUGGAUCAUAUGAUGUUACCGUCGUCAAUAAUAAAUUAGCUAGUGUUAUAGCACGAGAUGGUUUGCUCCAUGGCUCUGAAGGUCUUCAUUGUAAAUUGAUAGAUUCCAGAGUAAAAGUUGUGUCUUUCAUGCAUAUCCCUGUUUAUGUUUCCGACAAGGAUAUUGAAGUCAAAUUGAAAUCUUGNGGUGUGACCUCAUGUGGUCCUAUAAUCAGAAAAACUAAGGACUAUGAUGGUAAAAAGAAGUAUGAUGGAGUUAACUCGUUUUUAAUGCUGUACACCGGCCAGAACGAUGUAGCUAAUUUUCUGCCGACACAGUGCUGGCUUGUUGGUCUAGCGGUAUGA